AAAUUAUUAAAAACCCAAGCCAUUAAUUUAUAUUAGGCAAAUUUGUUUCUUGCAGUUUCAAAAUUCAAGUAAGGCCAUUCAGCAUGACUUUUAGUCGAAUUACUAAUAUUUUUAGCCGCAAGUCCCUUCUUAGAGGAUUUUCUGUUCUAGCCGACUCUGUGAAUCGAUUGUAUCAACCUCAUACAUCGCUUAAAAGCCCGCCGCGUGUUUUAUACAGUCAAGGAUCCGACUCUGGUGCAUCUGACAAAAAGAAAAAGAAUCCUUGUUAUGAAUACAAAAAAAUAUUGGAUAAGCGUAGAAAAGAAAAGGAAAAGAAACUGGAAGAAAUACGAAAAGGGAAAGAUAUGGAGGUAAUUAGGGAGUUAGAAUGUAAAUGUAUUAACGAUGAAGUAAAAGCUUGGGAAAAAGAAGCAAAAUCGUUAAGUAAGAACAAUAAGGAAUUAAUGGAAGAAUUGAUGCAAUGCGUGUCACGUGGCAUUAAAAGAGCAUGUAAAAAGUCAGCUAAAAGAAAGUUCUGUAAUGAAAAGAAGCUGGAAAAGAAGUGUAUUUUGAGGGCUAAAGGGGUACAGAUUAACAAAUUAAUUCGACGUUGCGAGAGUAAGGAACAACGUGAAAAAAUUGGAUUACCACUAAAAGAAAAGAAAUAUAAGUCGAUUAAGAAGAAAUCAGUAAAGAAGAAGGUCAAAGAUCGAAUAACAAAUAAUUCUGAAAUGCAAAGAAAUAAUACAAGUAAUAAUACAAAGAAGAUGAAAAGAAAUAGCCAGAGUGGUAUACCUAGUAAUUUUAAAAAUCCGUACAUUUUAGAAUUAGAGAAAUGCAUUGAAAACGAAUGGAAGGACUUAUGUACAUUUAGAAAAUCAUUGACAAAAAGUGAACAGGAAAGACUUGCACGUGCUUACAAUUGUCUUGCCGCUCAAUUUCGAAAGAUGUGUAAAAGGAAAGUAUUAGAGCAAAUGUGCAGAGAAUCUGGAACUAGGGUAAACAAAGACACAGUAGAUAUAAGAAAAAAUGAACGCAGUUUAACGCUUGAAGUCGAGAGACAAAAAAAGAAAUUAAAAGAGGAAGUGCAGAGGGCAAACAGUGAAGUAGAGGCUUUUAUAAAGCAUGAGGUGGACAAUGUAAAAAGGAAAUGUCUCAAAAGAAUGUGUGAAGAAGCGGAACUAAUAAAAAAAUGCGACGAAGAGGCUCUAAAAAAAUUGUGCAGGGAGAAAAACAAUCAGCGCAAGGAAGAGCAGCGUAAAAGAAAGUGUCAACAACAACAGACACAAAAAAUUAAAGAUUUAAAGAAAAAGAGAGAAGAAGAAAAGCGGAAGAAAAAAUGGGAGGCAAUUAUUCUUAAAAAGAGGCGUGACGAGGAUCUUAAAAGAAAGUGCGAAGAAGAAGCUCUUAAAAAACGGUGCGAAGAAAAGGCUCUUCAGAGAAAGCGCAGAGAAGAGGCUUUGAGGAAGAAACUUGAAGAAGAAUCUAUAAAAAAGAAAGAAGAGGCUCUUAAAAAGAAACAAAAGGAUGCGGCUCUUAAGAAAAGGAAACUAGAGGAGGCUUUGAAAAAAAAGCAAGAAGAAGCACUUAAAAAAGAGAAAAGAGCUGAUCUUCUAAAGAAGAUGUGCGAGAAAAAGACUCUAGAAAAGAAGUGCAAAGUUGAGGCCCUUAAGAAGAGGUGUAGAGGCAAAACUCUCAAGAAGAAGUGCGAUGAAGAGGCUCUAAACAAAAAGUGUGAGGAAGAAGCUCUAAAGAAAAAGUGUGAGGAAGAAACUCUUAAGCAGAAGUGCGAAGAGGAGGCUCUAAAAAAGAAGUGUGAAGAGCAAACUUUAAAAAAGUGUGAGGAAGAGGCUCUAAAGAAGAAGCGCCAAGAGGAAGCGCUUAAGAAAAAUCUAAGGGAGGAGGCUUUAAAAAAAAAACAAGAGAAACUGGCACUCAUACAAAUAUGCAGAGAGCUUAAGAAUAAGCGGAAAGAAGACACUAUUAGGAAGAGACGUGAGCAAGAAAAAAUUCGCAAGGAUAAGGCUCUUCUAAAUAAGUGUAAGCAAGAGGAGCGUUUAAUGAAAUGGGAAGGGGAAGUCAAUAAGAAAAAAUUGAAAGAGGAAAAACUUAAGAAAGUGCGCAAAGAGAAAGCUUUGAAAAAAGAAUGUGAAGAUAAAGAAAAGUGCAGACAGAAAGAACUAAGAAAAAGAAAACUUGAGGAGACUCUUAAAGAGCCAACUGAACAUUUCCGAUGCUGUCUCUUCAAAACACUUAAGAAACAUGACAUUCAAUCUGGGUCAAAAGUGUCCAUUAUUGGUACUGGAGCUGUUGGUAUGGCGUGUGCCAUUACGCUACUAUCUAAAAACAUAACUAACCACAUAACUCUCUACGACACGAAGAAAGAGCUGUGUGAAGGAGAACGCUUGGACUUGAUACAUGGCUCCUUAUUUUUAGAUAGCUUAAAUAUUGAAAAAUCUACGACCAUCAAAAGUACAAAAGAUUCGCGAGUUGUUGUAGUCACGGCUGGAGCACGACGUAAACCCAAUGAGUCUCGUCUUGACGUAGCCCAAAAGACAGCGAACAUCAUCAAACAAGUUAUGCCCGAGCUGGUUAAACAGAGUCCCAAAGCUUCAUUUCUCAUUGUAUCCAACCCUACGGAUGUGAUGACCUGGCUUGCCCGCAAGGUAACCGAUCUACCCUUUGAACGUUGUUUCAGUCCUGGCUGUCAUUUGGAUACCGCACGCUUCCGCAUGUUAAUUGCACGCAUGCUGAGAGUCUCUACGCAAUCGGUGAAUGGCUAUAUUAUCGGUGAGCAUGGGGACAGCUCUGUGCCUCUGUGGUCUACUGUCACGGUAGGAGGGAUACCACUGAACUGCAUACAUCCAGAUAUAGGCAACGAGAGAGAUCCGAUGUGCUGGUCGAAUGUACAUAUGGAAGUUGUAAAUGCAGCUAAAAAGGUGUCAAACGCUAAGGGUUAUACAAAUUGGGCAAUUGCCCUCACUGUCACAGACAUUAUAUCCGCUAUAUUGCAAGACACCAACAGCAUCAUGUCGUUGUCCACUAAUGCAAAAGGUAUGUGCAGUAUCGAAGAUGAGGUAUUCCUUUCAUUGCCGUGUAUUGUCAAUAAGUGGGGUUUGCGAGGAGUCAUACAUCCGCAGCUUUCGGAAUGGGAGAUAAAAAGUUUGCACAAAUCUGCGGAAAUAUUACUCGAAGCUCAGUGUAAUGUCAAACUGUAGUACAUUUCCUCUUCAAUUUCUGUAAGCACUGUUCUUCAUGCUGGCUGGCCUCAAACGUAAUAUUUAUACAAAUUUAUUAUUGUAAAUAUCUUAUUUUUCUCACAUAAUGUUAUGCUUUUUCGACUGCUCAAUGUAUGUAAAAGAAAAAAAUUAAACUAUCCUGUAUUAAUUUUAA